AUGUCUUUCUUCAAGAAACUCAAAGAUGAACUCAAGGAGAUGUUGAACGAUGAUGACGACAAGGAUAAGAAAAAGGACGGAGAGCAUAAGCAAAAGGACGAAGGAGGUCAUGGCCACAGCGACACCAGAGACGUUCACAAUCAGCCGCCACCAGAUAUGUAUGGACAAUAUCAACCCCAGCAGCCUUACCCUAGCUAUGGCAGUCCUCCCCCGUCAGGUCCUCCGCUUCCCCCGGGCUGGAUAGCGCAAUGGGAUCAAAACAGCCAGCGGUACUACUACGUUGAACAAGCGACCGGCCGGACACAGUGGGAGCCACCGAUAUGGCAAGGAAGCCCUCCACCGGCACCGCCAGGCGGACCAGGGUACUAUCAGAGCUAUGGCCAUGCCAUGCCGCCCGGCGUGCCAUAUCAGCAAGGACAUGAUGAAAACCAGCGCGCAUACUAUGGCGAUGUCCGUGCUCAAGAGAAGAAGGGCCAUGGAAUGGGCACAGUGCUUGCUGCCGGCGUCGGUGGUGCAGUAGUGGGUGCUCUCGCUGCAAAUGCGUUAGAUGAUAGUGACGACGAGCACCGCGCCGCUUCCGCUGCUCCCGCCCCCGCGCCCUAUGGCUACGGCGCGCCACCUCCGGCGGCGGCUCCUGUACCUCUUGAAGACAACCCAGAGCUGUCAUCCAGCCAGCGUGAAUCCCUCGAAGAAGCGCGCGAGGACCUCGAGGAAGCACAGCGGAAUGUCGACGAAGAAGGCUCAAGUGCAUCAAGCAGUGAUAUUGAAGACUUACAGGAGGCUAGGGAAGAGUAUCAUAGUGAGGUGGAGAGUGCGCAUGAGGAGUUGGAGGACUGA